AUGUUCUCCAAAAAUGACUUUUAUACAUUUGUGUAUGGCACGCGCAUUGGCAACUCCAAUGCACCUUCAUUCUUGAAGCUUCGAUCGUCAAAUUCAUUUAUUGUUGCAACAAUUGUAAUUGCUGUCUUCACCGACAUCUUCCUCUAUUCUCUAGUGGUUCCGGUCCUUCCAUUUGCACUCACGGUAAGAGCCGGUGUGAAAGAACAAGAUCUGCAAAAAUGGACAUCUAUCUUUCUGGCAGUCUACGGUGCUGCAUUAGCAAUUGGUUCGCCGAUUUUUGGCUGGUUUGCGGAUAGAUCAUCAUCUCGUCGGGUUCCACUCCUUCUCGGGCUUCUCGCUCUCGGAGGUGCAACAGCAAUGCUUUGCGCAGGAUCUUCUCUCGGUCUGCUGGUGACAGGCAGAUUCCUCCAAGGACUGUCAGCAAGUGUUGUUUGGACAGUGGGUCUAGCUCUACUAUCAGACACUAUGGAUAAAGAGAACAUUGGCCAAGCAAUGGGUUAUGUAGCAGCGGCUACCAGCGUUGGCUCUCUCGCAGGACCGCUUCUUGGUGGAGUCGUUUAUGCCCAUGCAGGAUAUUAUGCUGUGUUCGCAAUUGGGUUUGGAAUCAUUGGCGUUGAUAUCAUCCUCCGUCUGAUGAUGGUCGAAAAGAGUGUGGCUCAACAGUGGCAGUCCCCUGAAGUUGAGACACCAACAUCCGUUUCCGAGCCGAAGGAAGAGCCAAGCCAAAAUCCAGAUCCUGACGCAAUCCGAUCAGCACCAACGCAAGAACCUGCAUCAGACACAGAAAAAGUGGACAUCAAACCUUUGCCAGCAUGGACUCGACGACUCCCGCCCUUCAUCACGCUCCUGCGAAUCCCACGAAUCCUCGUCGCCUUGUUCGGUUGCUUUGUGCAAUCGACUGCUCUUGCCUCAUUUGAUUCGUCACUUCCUCUUUACGUCAAGAAUAUAUUCUCCUGGAACUCCUCAGGAGCAGGUCUCAUCUUCAUCUGCCUUGUCAUUCCCGCUCUAUCCUCGCCCCUUGUCGGUAUCGUCUCCGAUAAGUAUGGAUCCAGAGCAAUUACAACAAUUGGCCUACUGGGCUCUGUCCCUUUCUGGGUGCUUCUGCGAUUUGUGACGCACAAUACCAUUGAACAGAAAGUCUUACUUUGCGCCCUUCUCGCCCUCAUUGGGUUAUGUAUGACAUUUGUGAUGGCACCACUAAUGGCUGACAUUGAUCAUGCGGUUGCUCUAGAAGAGAAGAAACGACCGGGAAGCCUGGGAAAACGAGGAGCUGCUGCCCAAGGAUUUGGUCUGUUCAAUUUGGCUUACGCUAUUGGCACUAUGAUUGGACCUCUAUGGGCUGGUUUUGUAAUCCAGGAUGCAGGUUGGGGUACAAUGACAUGGACUUUGGGUCUUUUGAGUGGAGUCGCUGCUGUCACUACAUUCUUCUUUACUGGGGGAAGAAUUAUGCUUAAAGGUAAAAGCAGCAGCGAGGGAGGGGUUGUAUGA